AUUCUCUGGAAAAUGUUGAAGUCCCUGUCAGUGAUUUGAUUGUUCGUGAGAAACAUUGCUCUGAGUGUGGGAAAACAUUUAGUCGCAGUGGAGAUCUGAUGGUACACAUGAGAUCUCAUACAGGAGAGAAACCAUUUAGUUGCUGUGAGUGUGGGAAAAGAUUUAGUCGCAGUGGAGAUCUGAAUGGACACAUGAGAUGUCAUACAGGAGAGAAACCAUUUGACUGCUCUGAGUGUGGGAAAAGAUUUCGUCAAAGUGGACAUCUGAAAAGACACAUGAGAGCCCAUACAGGAGAGAAACCUUUUAGCUGCUCCGAGUGUGGGAAAAGAUUCACUUGCAGUGAAGGUCUGAGGGGACACAUGAGAUCUCAUACAGGGGAGAAACCAUUCUGCUGCUCUGAGUGUGGGAAAACAUUUGGUUUCAGUGGCGAUUUGAAGACACACAUGAGAUCGCAUACAGGGGAGAAACCAUUUAGCUGCUCUGCCUGUUGCAAAAGAUUUGGUAAAAAUGUAGAUUUGAAGAAACACAUGAGAUCUCAUACGGGGGAGAAACCAUUUAGCUGCUCUGUGUGUUGCAAAAGAUUUGGUCAAAGUGGAAAUUUGAAGAAACACAUGAGAUCGCAUACAGGGGAGAAACCAUUUAGCUGCUCUGAGUGUGGAAAAACAUUUGCUUUCAGGGGAGAUGUGAAGAAACAUAUGAUAUCUCAUACAGGGGAGAAACCAUUUAGCUGCUCUGUGUGUUGCAAAAGAUUUGGUCGAAAUGGAGAUUUGAAGAAACACAUGAGAUCUCAUACAGGGGAGAAACCAUUUAGCUGCUCUGAGUGUGGGAAAAGAUUUGGUUAUAGUGAAAAUUUAAAGAUACACAUGAGAUCUCAUACAGGAGAGAAACCAUUUCGCCGUUCAGUUUGUGGAAAAUCAUUUACACAAUGUGGAAAUUUACUUACACUCAUGAGGAAAACUCAUGAAGGGGAAAAUUGAUUCACCUUUUAUUUGGAAAAAGACUUUAAAAACAACCAUGAGAACUCGUACAGGACAAACACUUUACAGCUUCAGUGUUUGUAUGAAAUCUUUUACACAAACUGGACAGUUACACAAAUACAUUAAAUCCCACACAAGAAGGAAACCCUUCAGCUGCAGAGUUUGUCACUAAAGAUUCACUUGGCCUUAACAGCUCAGAAACUAUCAAUGUUUUG